AUGAGUAUUGAGAAUGAAAAGUCGAGAUGUCACAGUUUAAAUGCUUUGUCAACUUCAUGUUUCGCUUUUCUUUUCCGAAAACCGACUAGAGAUUGGUUUCAAACAUGUUGCACUCAACAUGAAUGCUUUCUGGUGGAUGCAUGCAUUCCGGCAAUAUUAUUUUUCUCUCAAAAGUAUUCCAAUAACGCAGGGGCAAUGUUAGGCAUAUCAAAAGCACUAGCGCGAUUAAUGAUCAUAUUGAGAGAAGAAGAAUGGGUAUUGAAAGAAUCCGAGGAAGAUAAACUGUUUGAUUUUGUCUGCAGAUUCUGGGAUUAUGUUUCGGAGGCGGUAUGUCACGACUGUGUCAGCAUUUUUGAAUCGCUAAUGAAAUUGCAUGUUACGAAAUGCAUAUCUAAUGGUCCUCUCUCUUCAUGGGCUAAAAAUAUUAGAAAGUUCCUAAUUGAUUCACCGUCGUCUUGUCGUGGUCGUUAUCGAUGUAUCUUGGUAUACAGUAAAAUAGUAUCGUCGUUUUCGGAAAAUCUCGCAGAUAACUUCUGUAAAGAAUUAUAUACUUCAUUAUCGAACCCAACUCUAAUUGCUGUAGUCAGCGAGCUCAUUGCUUUUGAUGUUGUCAAGAAUCUUGAUAAUUUAGAUCGACUUCAGUUUCACAGUAAUUUAUUGCGCGCAUCACUUCAGUCACCAAUAAAAGCAGUCCGCAGUGCUGUUCAGAAGCGAUUGUUGCCUGAGUUUUCGAAAAACUCUCUGCUUUUGGAUUGGGUAGUUAAAGAAUUGAAAAUAUUUCAGACAGGCAAUAUAUGUGGUAGAAUCGACCUUGAAACAUCGCUUUAUACUGCGAAAUUUUGUUUGUUCCACCAGAAAGAGAACGGAAAUGUUUUAGAGUGGACUUCAUUCAUUGAUGAAAACUUGGUAAUUUCUGCACUACUCAAUGCCACUACACAGAUUCGUUUAACGGCCUGGAGUCUGAUUUGUGACCAUCCUAAGUUGGCAAUUUCGAUUUCGAACCGCCACCUAUUGCUUUAUAAAUGCUUUUUGGCGACGAAUAUGGCUGAACAGUCACCUGCUAUCAGACUUAUAAUAUUAUAUGGUUUAAAAAAAAUAUUGAUUCGGAUUCGUGAAAGUGGCCAAAAUAUUUUGAAAAACGGCAGUGAUGAAGGCGAAUUAAAACCACAUGUAGAUUUUAUCUGCUGGUUGCGUGACUUGUGUUUUCAAAAUUUAGUGAAAUAUGCAAACUUCAGCAGGCGUAUAAUGGCUCUUCAAAUGCUAGAAUAUCUUUUUAUGGAGAACUACUUGGCUACCGAUGACAAAGAUAUGUUUUUCAAGUUCUUGUCAUCAAAACUGAAGCCAACAGAGGAACAGAUUUGUCGUGUAAUACGUUGUUUGGAUGACUCAUAUCACUUAUGUCAAAUUUCAGCUCUUCGAUUACUAUCUUCAUCAUUUUUCGAAAUCUGUAAUUUUGAUUUUGCUUCGUAUUUCUCAGAAACGAAGCAUCAGUUGUUAUCCAUUCGGUCACUAUUCACACUCACGUCCAGUUAUCGUUUGCUCUUUUAUCUUAAGAAAAACCCGGACAACUUGAAGAACGUCUUUCAAUAUCUCCUUAAUCUGUGCAAAGAUCGAAUAAAGCUCAUCUCAGAAGAUUUUCUAAUGAUAGCAAGAAAUCAAGGCUUUGUUUAUUCCGUAUUAAGCGCAAUCAGAGUGGUAUUGGAACUUCUGGAUUUUCAAUGUUCUCUAAAGAACGAUUGGAGUGUUACAUUGAUUAACCAUGAUUUGUUACCGGUGUGUUUCCAAAUAAGUGAGUUGGUGGCGCCUAUCGUAAACAGCAUGUCACCCGAAGGUUUCGUUCCUGACGAUCAAAUAAAUAUCAUUGUAAGUGUUAAAGACUUCAAAAAAUCAAAGGAAAAUACGGAUUUUUGUCAAGCAUUACUGGCAAGUUGUUGGCGUUCACACAAAUAUGUUUCUGCAAUAUUUUAUAUAAUAAUCACAAAGUGGUUCGGAAAUUCUGCACUUUCUUCGGAAGCUAUGGGACAUAUAUGCAAUUAUUAUUGGCGACACCUGACAGAAUGUAAGCACUGUGGUGCUGUGGAAGCAGCAAUUGAAGGGUUCGAAGCAUUAUGUGUAAAACUUUGGUCGUUCGCUUUAACUGAUAGUCCGGAAUUUAUGGAUUUACCUCAGCCAGAGGCGUGGGUAAAACAAAUUAUUGACUUAAUUGAUAGCAAGAAGAACGCAUUAUGUGCAACCCGUCGAAGUGCUGGUUUGCCAUAUUUGAUUGCUUCAAUUCUUGCAAAAGAACCGAUCGCAAAUGAUGCACAAUGCCUAAAAACAACGAUGAUAUCUUUGCUUGAAAACGAAGGAAAGUCAAUUAAAGCACAGAUUCAUAGUAUUAAUAUCAUGCGGACUAUUUUUCUGAAUAGCCGCCUAUCUGAUGCAGUUUUGUGUUAUAUCGAACCUGCGGUGAAUAUCUGUUUCGCUUCUUUUAGUUCUAGUAGUUGGGCAGUACGAAGUGCUGCAUCACAAUUGUUCGCUGCGCUGAUUAAUCGAAUAUUUGGUAUCCCUCGAAGCAUGCAACUCUCACUUCAUCCACAUGAGAAAAAUCGCUUGUCUUCUUUUGAGUUCUUCACAAGGUUUCCAACAUUGUAUGAUUUGUUACACCGACAGUUUUAUGAAAACGAGAAAUCUGUCUCACAGCUGAGAAUGUUCGCCGUUUUCGUUUUUCUUAUUCACCUAUUCCCCUCUCCACGGCACACCAAUAUUUAUUCACUUGCUACUUAUGUCCUUCCACUGCUAAAAUUUUCGCUAUCUUGUCGUGCUAUGAGACUCCGAGAAUUAUCUGUAGCGGCACUUAUUUCUAUUUGUGAAAUUCAGGAUGCCUAUUUCUUGUUAAAAUGGAUUUCAAAUAUCAAUCUUACUACAUAUCCUCAAAAUGAAAUUUGUGCAAUUAUGUACAUGUUAAUGGAACUUGCUGUUGCAUUUGAGGGAUCUGAAUUACAAGGUUUCAUACAAUCGGUAAUCAAAAGAGUCGAAAAUGGAAAACAUUUUGAAAGAUGGUAUGGUUUUUUUCUUAUAGCGAAGUCAUUGUAA